CUCUCCAGGCCCGUCCCUCUGCAGCCCCCUCCCUCUCCUGUAUAUCUGCCGCCAUCUCAGCCUCCCCAAGCGGCAGCGUUUCCCUCAGAGCUGGGGCAGCCUCAUUCUCUCCUCCAGGAUGUCGGGCCCUGUGACCGGUGUAGUCUUUCUGCUGCUCUCCAUCACCCUCCUCCUCCCGCCACGGCGCCUGGAAGCCAAGUCACUGUCUGGUUCCCGAGGCUCAGGAGGGAUUCUGCGCCUCCGUCGUGAACUUCGCGAUUCCCUGCCCUACGAGGCCCAGAUGAUGUCAUACUCUCCCGCCGCGAGCGUGGAGGGGCGGGGUAACGAGCUAUACUACCCGCAAGAGGGCUGGAGGGGGCAGGGCAUGGGACAGGCCCUGCAGCGAUUGGCGGAAGACGAUCGAAGGCGGGACCAGGAGGCGGCCUACCUGAGUGGCCUGCUCCGUCUCCUUAGCGACGGCGACACUGACGUCCCAAGGGCGGUAGAGGAAGAGGACGAGGAGGAGGAGGAAGGCCCCGGGGACUUCCAGGGGCCGUACCCGCCAGAUUACGACGAGACGGAGCAGGGGCUGAGCAUGGCCAAGCCCCAGGUUGCGUGGCAGGGCCUCCUGGACCCCCAGCUCACCCAGGCCCUGCUGAACCGCUACAGGCAGGAGAGACUGCUCCGGGCCGGGCUGAGAGAGAACAGGCUGCAGGACGCCCGCGGAGACGCUGGGACUGCAGAGAAGGAGGAAGAGAUACUGAGAUACCUUGUUGGGCGUGUCCUGUCCAGCCUGGCGUCCGACAGCACCCAGAGCUCCCCGUCCCGCCUUUCGAAGCGGGACCUGGGGGCCGUGGGCGGGGGCAGCGCAGGGAGCCGGGGGCUGAAGAGAUCCCGCCGCUCGCUGGACUCCGCGUUGCCCCCCUCCAAGAGCGAGCCCUCCCUGCUGAGGGUGAAGAGGCUGGGCGACGAGGAAGACAAGAUGGCCGCCGGACCCCCGCCAGGGGCCCGCGGCGGGGGGCUGCAGAGGAUCAAACGCAUCGACAGCGAUCCGCAGCAGGGGGCGAAACACAGUCGCAGGCGGCGGGCCUUGACCUAUGACCCCAACCUGCUGGCUCAGCGCAUCCUGCAGUAUCUUCCACAGUAGGGUGGCGAGAGAGAGAGAGAGAGACAUGGCCGCUACAUUAACACCUGCACCUGCCUACACGUUGCAAACGGACAUCCAUGUUAACAAAGAAAACUAUCCCAGCUUGCAAGGAAAGAGUCAAAGCUGUCUGCACCCAUUAAACCUUGCCUCCAGAGAAACAAAGCUAAAUAAAAAAUCCCCCCCAAAAAAAGAAUAAAAAUCCAGUCUAUGUUAAAAGUUACUCUGCUUCAAUAUAAUAAAAAUGCUAAGUGUGUUUGGAGCAACUGCUGAGCGAUGGGUCUGUCACUGUAUUCUUUUGUUAGUCAGUCCUUUCUCAAUCAGUAACUCAAAUAUUUGGGGAAAACAAUCAGAAAAGAAAACAGGAAAAACUUUUAUUUUAUUUUAUAUGGUCCGGUAUCACUCUGGAACUGAGAGAAAGAGAGACGAAAUAGCUGAAAUAAUAUCAAAUUGAUGCCAUUUACCAUUUCAAUCCAUUUAAAUUGCGCUCCAGUAGAGAGGUGAAUGAAACUGCAGUCAGUAAACCCUUUUGGCUGUUCCCAGGUGCUAAUUUUGGACGACGCUGUGUUUUUGUGUGAAGCUGUAAUUGGAUUUUAGCCCAGCCUCUUUUUAUAUUCUAAUUCAAAAAUUUAGUCUAGAUGAAAACCAGUGGGGGAAAACACACAGACAGAACUUCCUUAUCAUAUAACAAAUAUUUUUGCAGUUUGUGGUUUGAAUACUGCUUUUUAGCUUUAUUUGACAAACAAAAUAAUGUUAAACCUCCAAAGUACUGAAAUACCAGUGAUCUUUCUACACAUCUUCAUAAGGGGUAACGUUUUUGCCUGCAGAUGUAUUUGUGCAACAGAAAACAUGUAGGUAUUUAUUUUUACCUUCACUGAACACCAUUGGGACUCAGCAGAGCCGUUCUUUAGUCCCAUCUGCCCCAGUGUGAGGGCACAAACACAAUUCACAAACGUACCAUCAAUAUCAAGAUACUGGGUACUGCAUGUAUCCCACUCAAAACCGUAAAAGAUCAUAAACAGUUUAUCAUCACGGCACAUUCAUUCUCAGAGCAAAUAUAGCAGUUGUCGCACCAGCCCAUUGAAAAGAGCAUGUGAGGCCAUCACCUAGCUUCAGAGCAGACAAUGAAUGCAUAUAUCUAUGUACAGCAGUACAGGGAACCAGACAGUGAGAAAAGGAGAAAGAGCUGUUGGUCAUUCAAAAGAAUAUGGCAAUGUAUUUAAAACACAUAAAACACAUUUAAUACACAGUUAUGACAUCAAAAGUCGGCAGACGUUCUCUGUGAAAGGACUCAGGGAGAUGGGAAACAGGACUGGGAGCGCAUGCUCAGUUUUGCGGUUGCGACCGCUGCCUUCAGGACAGAAAUAACCAGGAGAAAUUAACCCCCUGCUCCAGGGUGCACAGCCCAGCACAGGCCCACGGAUAUCCUAACUGUGUCCCGGCUCGCCGAUCUCCAUUUGAGCAAUACUGUUUACUCCCUUCUGCUUCACCUGUAGCUUGCGCUAAUGCCAACGUAAACCCUCCUCUGCAUCAUAAGGCUCACCUCGUCCCACUUCAGUAUCUCAAUAUCUUUUGAUCAUGUUUUAUUCUGUGACUAAAAGCAGUGGUUCCGAUUAUUGUAGCUUUAUUGAUAUGUGUGCAGUCCGAGAUCUUGUACAAAAAUACAGUUGCUUAUUGAAUUUUUUGCAGACUGGAUCACAGUAUAUGAUAAUAAAUUUCUAUGUGAAAAUGUGCUGUUCGUUUCCUGUUGCAGUUUAAAGCCCAGCUUGCUUUACAAAAUAUUUGUGUUCAACUAUUGCUGUUAUUAAUUGAUGUGAAAUAAAUUCCCUCAAACUGCAAGCAUGCUUAGAACAAGAAGUCAUGCUAUCAUCACACAAAGAACAAGAAAUAAAUCUUGGAUUUGAGAUGCAA